AUGUUAUGUUGGGUUAUUUUACUGCCGAGAAGUCAUAUAGACAGGUGCGGCAGUAUAGUCAUGGGACUUUACGGGACGCUUGUCUCUGCAUCCUAUAUUAAUGACCGCACGGGAAAGAUCUUCAACGCCUUUGCUGGCAUGGCCAGAAAGCGUUGGGGCCUGGCUGCCGAGGCAAUGGAAGCCAUUUAUAAUCAGAUCUUUGUGCCAAUUGCUACUUAUGCCUGCGGCUCCUGGGGGCAAGCUGUCAGCAAAGUCCACAUUAGACGCAAGCUUCUGGCAGCCCAAAGGAGAGCCCUCAUUCAACUCACAAAGGCCUAUAGCACUACUCCCAACGCCUCCUUACACAUCCUUGCCAGGAAAGCCCCCAUUGACAAAACCAUCAUCUUACACCAUAAAACUUGGCAAAUUAAAUGGGGCAUCGACAUUGCUGCUGGCAACACUACCAUCUGCAGUGACAACCUGGAAAGAAAUGUUAACUUUAAGGACUCUAGGCACCCUGCUACCUACUAUAAGAUCAUAUUUGACACCACCGACCAGGCUGACUUCCACAUUUUUACCGAUGGUUCCAAGAACAACACCUCUGUUGGCUGCAGCUUCGUAGUUUUUAGCAAUGGUGAGGAGGUCACUGUUGGUCAAUACAGGCUAGGCGGUGACUGCACUGUCUUCCAAGCCGAGCUGUUUGCCAUCCUCAUGGCUGCCUCUUGGGCCGACAGCAAUCAUAACCACAAGAUGAUUAACAUUACAACGGACAGUGCCUCAGCUCUCACCAUCUUGCAGUCAAGGAACUCCCACCCCCUGGCCUGUAGCAUCCAGGAAAUCAUCAAUAAUUCUUCCUGCCUCUUUCACCUUAACUGGACACGUGCCCACCAGGGUCUUCACGGCAAUGAAAGGGCUGACAUUCUUGCUAAGGAAGCCUCCAUCAAUCUCGACCUGCCCAUUGCUUACAACAAAAUAAAUAUCCAUUCCAUCAAAGGGAUCCUAUGGAAUCACCUCAUUCGCUCCUGGCAGGAAGACUGGGAUAACAAUAACUCUCACUCCAUAACCCAUAAUUUUAUUCCUAACAUCAAAGAGUUCCUCACCUGCAGCUGGUACACCCCCAACCAUAACAUCUCUCAGUUUCUCACUGACCACGGUAGGUUUCACUCCUACCUGGCUAGAUUCAGAAAUGCUAGCAACCAAAACUGUUUCAUCUGCAACACCGUCGAUGGAAGUGAACACUACAUUCUCCAUUGCCCGAUGACUGAACGUGAGCGCCUUCAACUCAAAAUUAUCAGUGAUACUCACAAUGACGCCUGGCCUCCACAUAAUCUAAACUGUCUUAUAAAGCACAAGGACUCCUACAACGUUCUACUGGACAUUGUUAACUCCUAUUUCAGGAACACUCCAGUUCCUGGAUUCCACAGACUUCGUACUUAG